AAGUCUACUUUCAUCAUUGUUGCUAUUUACUAAAUGCUGAUUACAGAUAACUCAUAGCCGCACCACACAAUUCAUUUUGAAAAACAGACAGGUGCAAGUUCUUAUUGCGUUCAGGUAAUCAAUUAUUAAUCUUAACCUUCGUUCCCACAAAACAUUUUUCUCAUAUUUACCAACAAACAGCAGCAAAACUAAAAAGGCGGGAAGUGUGAGCAGAAUUAAUGUCGACUGUGGGGGAGACGGUGGAUGGGGUGGAGUAUGGGGAAGUGAUGGCCUACAUUAUCAUCGGGGUACUCUGCUUCCUGUUGCUUCUUCUAAUUGCACUCAUUCUCGUCAACAUUCGAAUUACCAGAAAACACAAAGCAUUUGAAGAAAGCAUCAGAAAUCCCACUCAAACAUCUUCAAUUCAGGAUCACUCCUAUGACGAAAGAGAUCAAGACAUGCAAACUACGGCCGCAGGAGGAUCCAUAAAUGAUCCUCCUACAAUUAGACAUUCUGAAAUGAAUGACGAUUCUUUGUCAGUAGAAUUUCACGCAAACCCGUCAUCUUCAAUUAAUAUUCAUACAGAAUCAAAAGGUCCAGUCACGUUUUCUAAUGAAGACUGCAAUGUAGUAAGUCGUGAAAACUUGCCCGAUCACGUUGCUGGAAGGUCAAAUUCGCUGACAGUAGGUGAAGAUUCGAAGAAAGCACCCAAGCUAUACAAAAGAAGAGCUUCAGGUCGAUUACGAUUUGAAAAUCCAGAUGCGCCGGUUGAAAUUGGGGACGUUGAAUUAAUCGAAACCAGCAACCAUGGGGUUCUGAAUGAUCCUCAAAGUGAAGGGUUGGAUAAUGAUGGCUUUGAAGCAGAUGAAGUUCUUGCCAGUGACACAGAGACAAUACAACUUUGAUAAUAUUUUGAUGUUUUAGCU